CCACGACUACUGCCAUAGCCAUCACCAUACUGAGAUUCCCGAUAUUUGUACUCGUACCGUCGCUCCUGCUUGUCACGUUGCAGGCCAACUAUCUGCCCGGCACUGUACAUUUGACUGUUGCACGACUCUAUCAUCAGCCUCAACUUACAAACAGCCUCCCAUAGAAACCCAUCCUGACAUGGCGCUCCGCACAGGAUAACCCUCCCACUCCGUUUCAUCCUCCUCCGUUGGCCGGAAUCUACAAUCCUCACGGACACCCGAUUGUCUCUCUCGCGUCCUUCCCAGCGAGACCUCAUACCGUCUUCUCAAGAUUCUCACGCCCUCACACGGAUUCUGCGGACCCAUUGAAUUGGCCAGCUGCAGCAUCUCACCAUGGCUACCGAGAGACGUAACUUCUCGAGCCUGUCCUUUUCCUCCAAAAAACAUCUCAAUGCUGAGACGGGCACGCACACUCCCACCACGACGAAAUUGAAGAACUUCUUUCGCAUCAACAGCAGCGGUAGUCAGACAUCUAUAGGUUCGGACGGCCUCCCCACUCCCAAGACCGAGACAAAGCCAGGCAAGCAGUCCAGGUUUCUCCCAGGUCUCGCGAGAAAUCGUUCAACAACCGUCGCCAGCGAGGGUCAUCCUCUCGACGACAAUGCUCUGUCCCCGACCGCCCAAGCCAAUCCUUAUUUCGUGCAUCAGGGUCCUCCCGCUCUCCGACAUCGCAAUGAAGGUAGCGUACCUCCUUCCCCUCCAGAUACCCCCAAAGUGCAGGUCAAUGGCUCUGCCGCGGAAGAGAAGGCAGUGACAGCGGGCAAAGAGGAAUUGGCACGAAAAUUGAGAAGAGUGGCAUCUGCACCCAAUGCGCAGGGUCUUUUCUCUGUGAGCAAGAACAACCCAGAAAGACCGCAGACCGCCGAACUGGGCAAAGAGCCACUGGCCGUACUUUCGGGGGCAACGCCGAAGUUAAGUAUGGUUGCUACAUCCUCCUCAGAGACAAGUCCGACGAGUGCGACCAAACCAGGAGGCAAAAUCCCCCUUCCAGGUCAAAUCCGUCAAGCUGCCGCUUUUAGAAGAACCUACAGCUCGAACUCGAUCAAGGUGCGGAAUGUGGAAGUCGGUCCUGGUAGUUUUGACAAGAUCAAAUUGAUCGGGAAAGGCGACGUGGGCAAAGUAUAUCUGGUGCGCGAGAAGAAAUCCAAUCGUCUUUACGCCAUGAAAGUUCUCAGCAAGAAGGAAAUGAUCAAGCGGAACAAGAUCAAAAGAGCGCUCGCCGAACAAGAAAUAUUGGCAACCAGCAAUCACCCGUUUAUCGUCACUUUGUAUCACUCAUUCCAAUCCGAAGAACACCUGUACCUCUGCAUGGAAUAUUGCAGUGGUGGCGAAUUCUUCCGCGCUCUGCAGACUCGACCCAACAAAUGCAUAGGCGAGGAGGAUGCUCGUUUCUACGCUGCAGAGGUGACGGCGGCGUUGGAGUACUUACAUUUGAUGGGUUUCAUCUACAGAGAUCUCAAGCCUGAAAACAUUCUUCUACACCAGUCCGGACACAUCAUGCUGUCAGAUUUCGAUCUCUCCAAGCAAUCCGAUUCUGGCGGAGCUCCAACGAUGAUCCUGGGUACUCGCAACGCCUCCAACCCUACUGGAUACCCCCUCGUCGACACCAAGUCUUGUAUCGCCGACUUCCGAACCAACUCGUUUGUCGGCACAGAAGAGUACAUUGCUCCCGAAGUUAUCAAAGGAAAUGGACACACAAGUGCUGUGGACUGGUGGACUCUCGGCAUUUUGAUCUACGAGAUGCUGUUCGGAACCACCCCAUUUAAAGGCAAAAACCGCAAUGCUACAUUUGCAAAUAUUCUGCGAGACGACGUUCCCUUUCCAGAUCAUGGGCAUGUGCCUCAGGUCAGCAAUUUGUGUAAAUCGGUUAUCCGGAAGCUCUUGAUCAAGGAUGAAGUCAAACGUCUGGGAUCUCGUGCUGGCGCAUCCGAUGUCAAGAACCACCCCUUUUUUAGACCUAUUACGUGGGCACUUCUCCGCCAUAUGAAACCUCCCAUGAUCCCUCAUCAAGGCCGAGCAAUUGACACGUUGAACUUCCGCUCUGUUAAAGACAGUGGUAGCGUUGACAUUGGAGGCUCAGCCGGCCGUCUUAAGGGCGUCCCUCUGGACUCUGGGAUGGCUACUCCUGGUGGGGAGAUCGCCGACCCGUUCCUCGAGUUCAACAGUGUUACAUUGCACCACGAUGAUGAAGAUACGAUUAUGAUGCACGAAGGAGGGCAGGUCAACGGACAUUGAUGGCCGAAACUACCACAGGUAGCCUCGACACCAGCUGUCUCUCUUUCUCUCUCUCUGUCUCGCAUUGGCGCCACGGUAUUGGCAGGGCGAAAUAGCGAGGGUUGAGCCGGAUAUGGGCUGUUUGCGGCUCGGCACCGCACAUGAGUUACGGGUCGAUUGGUCUGCGAGCAUUCUACGGCGUUUCCACAUUUGCAAAAAAGGCGCAUGUACAUCUGUAGAUAUACAUGGGACAGGAGAAAACGAUCGGUUCAGGUUUUUAUGGUCAGAUGGUUCUGACCAGAGACUUUGCUUGAUUUCAGAAAAGACGCUCGUUUGAAUGUACCAUGACUAUUGACUUGGUACGGAUGAACGUUGUACCCGUAGACUCGAUGUGUCCGAUUCUAGGCCCCGAAGAUACCCUAGACCCAUCAAUGUGAC